GGGGUGGGGAGAAGUGUCAGCUUUAGGAAUCGCAAACCCUGGCGGCCCCAUGGCUCCCCUGCGAAGCUCCCCGCGGCUGGUGCUGCUGUUCAGCGGGAAGAGGAAAUCUGGGAAGGACUUUGUGACCGAGGCGCUGCAGACCAGACUUGGAGCUGAUGUCUGUGCUGUCCUCCGGCUCUCUGGUCCACUCAAGAAGCAGUACGCUCAGGAGCACGGCUUGAACUUCCAGAGACUCUUGGAUGCCAGCACCUACAAGGAGGCCUAUCGGAGGGACAUGAUCUGCUGGGGGGAGGAGAAGCGCCAGGCCGACCCAGGCUUCUUCUGCAGGAAGAUUGUGGAGGGCGUGUCCCAGCCCAUCUGGCUGGUAAGUGACACACGGAGGGUAUCUGACAUCCAGUGGUUUCAGGAGACCUACGGGGCCUCGACACAGACGGUCCGCGUGGUAGCUUUGGAGCAGACCCGACAGCAGCGUGGCUGGGUGUUCACACCAGGGGUGGAUGAUGGUGAGUCAGAGUGUGGCCUGGACAACUUUGGAAGCUUUGACUGGGUCAUCGAGAACCACGGAGAUGAGCAGCACCUGGAGGAGCAGUUGGAGAACCUGAUAGAAUUUAUCCACUCCAGACUUUAGUCGUCAGGUUGAGGAGUGAGCCGGAGGCUGUCUGGGUCAGGGUAGGGCUGACUCUGCAGAAUGUGCGGUUCCUGAUCCUGGCCAAGGUGGGGGAGCAGACAGGGAGCCUGGAUCCAGAUUUCUGAGGGGGCUGGUUGAUGUUGGGCAAGUCGGGAAGCCUCUGGGGACCUCAUUUUCUCCAUGCAGAGGACACCCCUACCUUUUCAGGAGGAGAAAGGCAGGGCAAAGGAGGGUGAAUUGGCUGUGCUUGCAGCAGAAACAUCACUCUCCCAUGGGUGCCAGGCCUGUCGCCUGUGGUGGCCUUGCUUUCCUGUCUGGAUGCUCUCAUCUCCUUGUCCUGGGCAAGAACCUGGCUCCCCAGUGUGGAUACUAAUAAACCUCCUUGGAGCACACACUCAAA